AUGGAUAUGGAGAGUUCUCCUAAACACAAUGUGGAACAAUCAGAGGAGAUGAAAUCUGCUGAGAUCAUUGCUAAAGAAGUGUCUCCUAAACACAAUGUGGAAGAAAGUGAGGAGAAGAAAGAAGAAGAAGAAGAAGAAGAAGAGGUGAAAUCUGUUGAUAUCGAAGAGGAGGAUGAAGAGAUGGAGUCUAUAGAUAUCCAUGAAGUGGAAGGAGACAAGACAGUUUCUUCUAUGGAUGAGAUUGAGUCUUUAGAUAGUGAUGAUGAUAGUAGUGAGAGUUCGGUUGAUUCAAAACAUGAAGAUGAUGAUGGAACAUCGAAAGCUCGGGAAGAAACGGUUGAGGAACAAAGCAAUUCUCACCAUUCAUCAUCAUCACCAGAUGCUAAUUCAUCAUCAACUUCUUCUGCUUGGACAGAGAAAGCAGCAGCGAUCAAGAACUUCGUUAGAGUGAAGAGCGAAGUUGCGGUACAUACACUGAUCCGCCGCCUUUCGGGGAAACUAAGUGUUGACAAUGCUGCAGCUCAUGGUGGUACUAGAGAUGAUGAGGUGAAAUCAAUGGAAUCUCCAAAAUCAGAAGGUAAGUCUAUGUGGAAUCCUUUAAGCUAUUUGAAGAUGAUGCAGAACGACGACGAUGAGUCGGUUGAUAGAGAAGAAGAGGCGGUCUUGGAGUCUGUAGUGAUGAAAGGUAGGAUUAUAUUGUAUACAAGAUUAGGGUGUGAGGAGUGCAGAGAAUGUAGGUUGUUUUUACAUGAGAAGAGGCUAAGAUAUGUCGAGAUUAACAUCGAUAUCUACCCGACAAGAAAGCUUGAGCUUGAAAAGAUCUGUGGAGGAGGAGAUAAUGAUGUUCCUAAGGUAUUCUUUAAUCAAGAGUUAGUUGGGAGUUUUAAGGAGCUUAAGGUAUUGGAGGAAUCAGGAGAGCUUGAGGAGAAGAUCAGACAUCUUAUAGAAGAAGCACCGCCUCGGGAAGCUCCUCUGCCACCUUUCUCAGGGGAAGAUGAUGCAUCGAGUAAAGGUCCUGUAGAUGAACUAGCUUUAAUAGUUCUUAGGAUGAAGCCUUGCAUUGUUAAGGAUCGGUUUUAUAAAAUGCGAAGGUUCAAAAACUCUUUCUUAGGCUCCGAAGCUGUGGAUUUCUUAUGCGAGGAUCAAAGUCUAGAAAGAGAAGCGGCAGUUGAAGUUGCUCGAAAGCUUGCAAGCCAACUCUUCUUUCAACAUGUUCUAGAGGAGAAUCAGUUUGAGGAUGGGAAUCACUUGUAUCGGUUUCUAGACGACGACCCUUUAGUUUCAUCUCAAUGCCACAACAUCCCUAGAGGAAUAAUUGAGUUGAAGCCAAGGCCAAUCGCGGAAAUCGAGUCCAGGCUCAGACUUGUAUAUCGAGCAAUUCUUGAAGCUUACACUUCUCCAGAUGGAAAACAUGUCGACUACAGAAGCAUCCAUGGGAGUGAAGAGUUUGCAAGGUACCUAAGAAUAAUCCAGGAGCUUCAUAGAGUAGAGCUUGAAGAUAUGCAGAGAGAAGAAAAGCUUGCAUUCUUCAUAAACCUUUAUAACAUGAUGGCUAUACAUUCAAUACUAGUAUGUGGUCAUCCGGCAGGCACUUUUGAUCGAACGAAGAUGUUUAUGGACUUCAAGUAUGUGAUUGGUGGCAACACUUACUCACUCUCGGCUAUACAAAAUGGGAUUCUAAGGGGUAACCAGCGACCGAUUUUUAAUCCUAUAAAACCCUUUGGUGUAAAGGAUAAACGUUCCAAGGUUGCUCUGCCUUAUGCAGAGCCUCUGACUCAUUUUGCUCUGGUUUGUGGAACCCGGUCUGGACCACCUCUUCGAUGUUUCACGCCUGGAGAGAUCGAUAAAGAACUCAUGGAAGCAGCUCGCGAUUUCUUAAGAGGAGGUGGGCUCAUUGUUGAUCUCAAUGAGAAAGUUGCAUACAUCAGCCAAAUCUUUAAUUGGUAUGGAGUGGAUUUUGGAAAGAGCAAAGAGGAGGUACUGAAGCAUGCAUCAACCUUCUUGGAGCCACAACUUUCAGAAGCUUUGCUUGAUUGUCUAGUUGAUACUCAGUUUGAAGUUAAGUACCAACGAUAUGACUGGGGGCUUAACAACUAA